CUCUGUGCAGUCAUUUUAUACCCUCAAAACUUAUUGUCAUACAGGUAUGUUCUUUGCUCAGCAAUAUUUCUACUGCUUUGGCAUUAGAGCAUCGCUACUGAAGAUUAUUUAUCCUUUGAGAUACGUCAGGUUUUCAACUUCUCCAGCUAUGACCUUCAGACAUAAAAAUGCAAAACGAAUUGAAGGUCUUGACAGCAAUGUAUGGGUAGAAUUUACCAGUUUAGCUGCAGAUCCCUCAGUUGUUAAUCUUGGACAAGGCUUUCCUGAUAUAGCUCCUCCUAACUACUUACAAGAAGAAUUGGCAAAAGUAGCCUUUGUGAAUAGGUUAAACCAAUACACACGUGGCUUUGGACAUCCGCUGUUGGUGGAGGCCUUGUCCCAAGUUUAUGGAAAAGUUUGUGGAAGAAAGAUUGACCCAUACACUGAAAUCCUGGUGACAAUAGGAGCAUAUGGAUCUUUGUUCAGUGCAGUGCAGGGACUCAUUGAAGUAGAAGAUGAAGUAAUAAUAAUAGAGCCGUACUAUGAUUGUUAUGUGGACAUGGUGAAGAUGGCAGGCGCAAAACCUGUCUGUAUAGCUUUGAGAUAUAAACCUGCAGCUGGAGGAGACAUUUUCUCUAGUGCUGACUGGGUGUUGGAUCCUGCUGAACUUGAAAGUAAAUUUAAUUCCAAGACAAAAGCUAUUGUACUGAAUACCCCUCACAAUCCUAUAGGAAAGGUCUAUACAAAAGAAGAGCUCCAGAAAAUUGCUGAUCUCUGUAUUAAGCAUGAUAUUUUGUGCAUCAGUGAUGAAGUGUACGAGUGGCUGGUAUACAGUGGAAAGAAACACAUUAAAAUAGCUACUUUGCCUGGAAUGUGGGAAAGAACAGUAACUAUAGGAAGUGUUGGGAAAACAUACACUGUAACUGGUUGGAAGCUUGGCUGGUCCAUUGGUCCCCAGCAUCUGAUAAAACAUUUGCAAGUCGUUCACCAAAAUUCACUCUAUACAUGUCCAACUCCACUACAGGAGGCUGUGGCACAAGCUUUUUUGAUAGACUUCAAAAGGAUGAAUGAGUCAGACUGCUACUUCUAUUCUCUGCCUAGGGAAUUGGAGGGCAAGCGGAACCACUUGGCCCGGAUGCUGCAAGAAGUUGGAUUGAAACCUAUUAUUCCAGAGGGAGGAUACUUCAUGAUUGUUGAUGUAUCCAAAUUAAAUGUGGAUUUAUCAGACAUGGAAGGAGAUAAGCCUUAUGAUUAUAAAUUUGUGAAAUGGAUGAUAAAAAACAAGAAGUUGGCAGCUAUCCCUCUGUCUUCAUUUUGUGGCCCAGGAACCCAGCAGAAGUUCGAGAAGUACAUCCGGUUUUGCUUCAUCAAAGAAGACAGCACAUUGGAUGCGGCAGAAAAGAUCUUGAAGAAUUGGAAGAAGCAUCAACCCAGGAGUUAGGUGUCUAUACAUAUGUACAUUUAACACCAGACUUAAAGUUAGAACUUUCUUAAAAGUGCACCAUGCUGCCAUCUGCUGGAUACUCUAUAAAAACGUAAUAAGGGUUUGCUUUUGAUUAUCCUCCAUAUUAAAAGUAUUUCCCCCCCAAAAAGAUUCAUUGGAAUAAUUAUGCUUUAUUUUAGAUUUUUUAAACAGGCUUUUUGUACACUUUAUAUGCAAACUUUAUUCCUUAGAGCCCUAUACUAGGGAAUGUGUGACUGUUGUUACCCAGUAUCUUUCAGUUCAAGUCUACUGGACUUGAAAAUUUUCUGGCAUUUCUGGAAAAUCCUGAAUCCCAAUACCAGUAUGGUAUUCAGAUCUGGGAUUUUUUGGAAAUCCAGGUCCAAUAGGCCCAAGAAGAAAAAUACUGGUUUAAAAAAAAAAAGUCAGAGGGAUUGCAGUAGAAAUCCAACAGAUCAGUGGUUUUUUGAUUUACCAGUAAUUCUUGAAUAUAUCGAAUUUCCCCGAGAUUCUCCCACCCUUGUUUUCCUGAGAAAAUCUGGAUACAUUUGGGAAGCUGAAUUAGACCCAGAAAAUACUGGGGUUUUGGGGGGUAUAUUUUCAGCUUGGUAGAUCCAAAUGUACAUCCCUGCCCUAUAAAAUGAAUGCCUUUGCACAUGUAGUCAUACAUUUUCUAUACUGCUGUUGUUUGAACAGCUGCUCUUUUGCAUGCCCAGCAGAAGCAAACUGCGUAUGAGUGCUUUGACUGACAGGGCCCUUCUGAACUAGACCAUGCCAGGAAAGCCCAUGGCCUACUGGUAAGGAUAAGGCAGCUGUAUAACACAAUCUUGCCCCUGUAUACUUUUCCAACUAUUUUUACUACUGUAGUCAGUUUUCUACUACUUUUACUCUACAGUCAGUUUGAAUCUGAUCUCCAGCUGCUAAGAAACGAUAAGAGAAAUUGAUUUCACAGGAUUCUGUUUAUUAUAUUGCUUUCUAUUGAGAUUGGAGAGCCUGAUAGGAUGAAAAUAAACUUGAUAUAAUUUGAAACUAA